UACUGAGUUUAAUAGAAAUGGAAGAAUUUAUUGAAGUAAAUGAAAUAUCGGAUUUUAUUUCCUACAUUCGCAGCAUUGAGUGGCGUGAUCCGUGGCUAAUAGCAUUGUUAUCAUUCCAUGUGCUAGUUACGGUUACAUGUUUUUCAACUAGAAAUUAUGGAAACUUUCAAGUUAUUCUUUUCAUAAUACUGUUGCUCCUGGUAUACUUUUCGGAGAGCAUAAACGAAGUGGCAGCAAAGAAUUGGGCACUAUUUUCCAGACAACAGUACUUCGACAGUAAAGGUCUAUUCAUAUCAGUAGUCUUCUCCAUUCCCAUAUUACUGAAUUGUAUGAUAAUGGUGGGUUCAUGGCUCUACCAAUCAACACAAAUAAUGACAAAUUUGAAGAAAGCACAGCUGAGACAGCGCUUGAAAGAGAUGAACAUGAACAGGGAACAACUCCAACAUUUGAAGUCUCAGUGAACCGUGAUGUAUUGAGUCAAUUAUAUUGUAGGUAAACAUAGUGACACCGAAAUAUUUUUUCUAUGGGACGCGGCGAGCGCUUUAGUCUAAUGUUACCAAAUUCAGUGAUACAAUUGUCUUGUUUUACUGAAUAAUAAUAUCUAUCGAUAACAUAUAGCCAUUUAACUGUAGCAUUGGCAGCCGUAAUCGUGCUGAAUGACCCCAUAAAAUGUUUAAAGGUGAUAUUAACUUGUCGUUCUUGCCGAAAAAUCUUCGUUAUUAUUGCCAUAAUAUUAAAAAUGUUUUGACAAUGACAUCGAACAAAAUGUGUCGCAUUGCUGAUACACUAGAAUCUAAUGUAUAAGUUAACUCUUUAAAUAGCGUGCCUAUGCAGAAAAUCUCUCGUAUCUAACUUUAAAAACAUUGUGUAACUGCUAUAAACAUUGUAAUAAAGGGGCAAUUGUAUUCUAUAAUCACCAAGAUCAUUACCUACCAAUAUCAUCACCAGCUUUAGUGAUUUAUCGUUCAUACUAAUCAUACAGUAUUUCAUUUCACGCAGUAAACAUUUUGCGAUUAGGUAUUUCAUUUUGGAUGUAGAUUAAAUUUGUAAUAUAUCGAUAUAAAAACGUGCAAAGAUGCAUAUCAUAGAGCCUAAGAAAGAGAGACGUCAAAUAUGCAGUCUCUCAAUUCUUGGAUUACUAUCAUGCUAAUCUUUGAUUCAUCGAAAUCGAAAUCGAAUGUAUAAUAUUUCAAAUUUACUUACGCAACAUUUAUUGCAUGAUGAUAAUUCGUCUUUAAUUGUCAUUUAUAAAAUCAUUGCUAAUAUUUGAACUCACGUUACUGUAUUCUUUAAAUUACACACAUUUGCGUUCAAUUAAAUAAAUCACAGAGUGGAAUGCAAUUUGACUAUUUUAUGUGAUUUAAAAUCGAUUGCAGUAAAACUGGCGGACUUGUCGAUUAUUUCUUAUAGGUAUUUAGAUGUCCGAAAAUAACUAAACCAAUUUUUAAGGUUAUUACGUUAACGUUUGUAGUGAUAUAAACGUUCCUCGUUUUUCUUUAUAGGCAUAUUGGAUUUGACGUUCUUUCUGUGUUCUCAGAUGUUUCGUAAACAGGGUAUCCUAGUUCGUGAACCUAAAGCUAUUUGUAUGUAAUUUAUUGUUAAUUGUGUUUAUAAGAAGGUUAUUUGUAAUACAGUAGUAACCAAUGAAAGUUUGAUUUAGUAGAAACUCUUGUAUCUUGUUGCACACGAUUUUGGAAGACAUGCCAAUGGAAUCUUGAAUGAUAUCAACGAGACUAUGUUGUGAAUGAAUUUGUUUAUAUUAUAAACUUUAUCAUAGUCAAGAUCACAGAUAACAUAAUAUUGUACUAGAUAAGAUACUGUUAGGGUUCUAUUUUAAAACAGUGUUAAAUUUAAUUUUCAAUUGAACAUAUGUGCAAUUUUUUUAUCCAUCGAUGUACAAAUUUUAUGUUCUUUAUGUAGGAAUGAAUAUAUUUAUAUAUCUAUUAUAUAAUUUUUUACUGAAGAUCGAUGACACGAAACAAAAAAUUAAUAUAAGCCAGUCUAUUUUGCAGAGCAUUUUUCUCAAGCAAAAAGUCUCAUUAUAUAAUUUUUUUUUUUACUUCUUAGAAUAAUACUUUAAUUAUGUGCAAUAUGUCGCUAAAAUAAAAUUGUAUUUUUCUACUAAUCUACCACGAACUGUAAUAUCGUCGACGUAUAUGAUAAAAUCGAUUGAUAAUAAAACGUAGUCUUUGAAAUAUUGGGGUCAAUAUACAUCGUUUUGCGAACUUAUACUCGAUUUGACUAAAAUAUACCCAUAAUUUUUUUUUCAAAGCAAUGACAUCGAUUUAUUAAUUAAAAAAAAGUAAAUAGAUAUUUUGUAUUUGGUCAGUUACAUACUCACCGAACGAAUUAUAGAUGUGUUUGCGAUUACAAUGUUUUAUUUUCUAUUCAAUGUAAUUUAAAAAUUAUUGUUAUUGUUAAAAUUUAAGCGCACGAUGCGUUUUAAUUUUUAAUGCGGUACGACGUAAGUCCUUAGUGCCUUCGCAUAAGUGAUGUAGUGUGGGCGUAUAGAAUGUACGAGUUACUUCUAUGCGAUACAUCUAUUACUCCUACGCCGCGACUCACAUUAUAAAGGCACUUAACAGUAGUUGCCGAUGACGUAUGCAUUCAUAGGUUAACGAAAAACAGUAGUUCGGAGUAGGCUUAGUGCGUACGUUAGUUGUUACACAAUUAAUAUUUUGUUUUAGUGAAAUUUUUAUUGUCCUUAUUUAUUCAUCAAAAUUAAAACGUCUUAUUUUUAACUAUUACUGAUUUAUUCUGAUUUGUCACAAGUUUUUAAUGUUUUGGCAAAAUUAGUUUAUGAGACGUUUGACCUUUUUGGGAAUAAAAAAGAUUAAUAAAUUGUAACAUGCAUAAUAAUAUUUAUCAGGUAUUUUUAUAAUUUAUCGUCCAGUAACAUAAUUAAAUUUAUAGUAGCAAUCGUAUAAAGUUUAAUAUGGCACAUCACAAUUAUAGCGUAACGCAAAAAGAAAUGGACGCUAAAUUAUAAAAGCUAUUACUUCAUUUUAUAUUAUUGACGUGUUGUGUUGCCUCUAAAAAAAAUUCUACGAAUCAUUUAUCUGUUAUCUAUUGUUUAUAUUAUUUCACUGUUCUGUAUUCCCAUAAACUAGGUAUCUUUGUAUUAUUGUUCUAAGACCUUCUAAGACUUGACUCGGAUCUUAAUUGUUAAUGAACUUAUCUGUUUAUAAUUUUUACUUUAGGUUCCUCUUUUAAUAAGGAGAGACGUGAGUAAAUAUAUUGUUUUUUACCAUGGUAGUGAAUAAGGCACGUAGUUGUGUAUUGUAUAAAUGGACUGUGAAGGCUAAGAUUAAUUACAACUUUAGACGGGAAAAUAAAAUUACUACGUUUUCAUCAUCAUGACAAUUGUUGCGACUUCAUUCCGAAGUCGUAAUCAGCGUAAGUACACAGUACUGAUAAGAACUCUGAGUACGCCGUCACGCAAAAUGAAAAUAGUAAAUUCAUA